AUGAUUGAUGGAACGGCAAAAGGUAUCCUCCAAACAAUAAAAGGAAGUUUUUCGAAACAUGAAAUACCUCUUGAUCAUGUCUUCGGACUUACAUCAGAUACGAUGAACGUUAGCACCAAACAACCUAAGCUGACAUUCAAAAAGGAGUCUACUGAUAAUAAAAAGAAAGAUGAAGCCAGAGUUGCAUUAUUUACAGCAAUGCGUACAAGUAUACGAACAGUUGAUCAUUUAGGAGAAGUUAUUAACUAUAGCCAUGAAAAAGAAAUAAAUAAAAUGCAGAUGCACUGA